AUGGCGCCAGUUAGACAUAGAAUGGAGGACCCAUUGGAGGUCAGAAAAAGGGAAGCACAAGUUUUGGCGGCAGCAAAGCGUAUUGGGAUUGAUAUCGAAACGGAAAGGCACAUGUGGUAUUUUCAGAUACUAGAAUGUGUUCCUUUAGCGCAGUUAGUAGAUCAUGAUACGAAAUGCUUGACACACAUUUUUUGAUAAGAGAUGUAAAAACGACGUUGUGUAUCAGCAUCCUCAGUAGAAAAGAAAAUCCCUGAAUGAUCUUGUUCAUCUUGCAACUCUUUUUCCAGGUGGAUUGCGGAAUUUGCGGCGCAAGCGGAGCUUCCGGCAGAAUGGAGAGAAUUUCAGACAGAGGAUGGGGAGACGGCGUAAUCUUGUUCUAUUAUUUUCCUGUCGAUAUGUUGUUUUGAUUUCCAUAUUGGUCAUUCAUUUGUUUCUUUUACAUUAUGAAAGACUAUUGUGCCCUUCCUCAACCCAACCCAUCUCUACUGCUUCACACCCUCCUACAAAAGGUACUAUCACCCGGGAACGAAGUGCUUGUCAAAAACACAUCCAGUAUUGGACAAAUUUGAGACUUUCAUAGAACAACAAAGAGACUUCGCCACACACCACGACGCCGUCAUAGCGACUAUGAGCACAGAUCAAUUAGCGGCAAAACUGGGUGUGGUUUUGGACGGUGUGAUGAACAGAUAUAACAAAGGUACUGGAGGUCACCUAUAAUAUUUUGGGAUGUCCUUGUUCUUGGCGCGUGUGACUGUGUCUGAAUAUUGCUCGAUGUUUUUGACUGUGUCUCAGUUCCUUUUUUCACACAUCCGUCACGCCUUCCACUUUCAUCCAUCAAUCCAUACCCCUUCUGAACACAACAGGAUCAACCCCAAACUUUACAGGUCUUCCCCCAGUAACGCCGGAAAUAGUGGAAUCAGUAGCGCUCUAUUUCUGUGUCCCGACAGAGAAAGAGUAUGGCAUAGCCUUACAAAUACGAAUGGCACUAGAAGCAUACGUCGAAACGCAAUAUAAUUUGACGCUCGUAACAAGGGACUUAGUGGACCCUAUGGUACUACAAUUGGAUGUUUUGGUUUUCUAAAUUUCUGGUACCAUGAGUGUGUGAUCGAUAUCAAAGUUCAUGUUCCAAUAUUUCCUUAGGGUGAUCAAUCAUUAUUAGGGUGAGGAAAAUGGAGAUUCUCAAUAGACUGAUUUUUAAAGAUUCUCAAUAGACUGAUGUCCUUUCUACACUCUUACUCCUCCGAAAUACUGAUCUUAGAAAGUCCUAGGCUCAUCUUAUCAUUCCAAUUCCUUCCGCACCACAACGCACAGGGCUUCCUGAAGAACAUGCGAAAAGACAUUAUCACGCGUUGCGUCUUGCAGAAGGAAGAUCCAGUCCUGAUGUGCCAAGAAUGCGAGGAAAGAAGUGCCAAAUUGAAGUGCGACUCAUGUAAGGAUUUCUUCUGCAUGGAUUGCUUCCAGAUGACGCAUGCAACCGGAAAACGAAAGAGCCAUAAGACACAGAAUGUGGAACAGAUUGUUUGCGAUCUGUGCGAUAAAGUACAGGCAGUCACACUGUCCUUGGAGAAUCAUCAGCGGUUCUGCGACAACUGCUACCAGAAAAAGCGAAGAGACAUGGCGGGACAUAGGAUGCGGGUUAUAAAGGUACUUACUCUUUGUAGUACUAGUGGAAACAUAUUACCUCCUUUGUACAAGCAAGAGUGCUCCUUUGACGGGAUGAAGAUGAAGAUGAUUUAGAUCUGUGCCUUAGGGUUAAUGUAGCUUUGAUCGAUUUUUUAGACGGUCUGUUGCUGUUCCAGGUGGAUGAUUUUGUUUCCUCCUGGUCGCACAACAUAGAAUCCUAAUCUAUAUCCAUCAUGUUUGAUAAUGAUACUCACAACAUUCCAAACCAGGGUCUCCCCUGUUCCCAGUGCGGCAGCAACUUCGACGCGCAGGACAUAAAUGACACAGGAGAGAGCAACAAUGAUGAUCCAGAGGAUGAUGCGAAAUUUGGCAAUAGACAAGUGAAGCGGAAACACAGUGCCUCGAUAUUAUGCGAAGAUUGUUGCGACUUGUUCUGCUACGAGUGCUUCGUGGAAUUGCAUAGGAAGGUACAACUGAUAGCUGUCUUUUUGAGAAGAUUUUUCUUUGGGUGUAACCACUUACAACUGGUAUCUUCUUCUAUAACUUUUCUUUCAACUUAAGUAACACCUUCUACAAUUGAAUGAUCAAAAAUGAAUCCCAGCAGCAGCACCACCAAGACUACGACCUCCCAUGCAACACCAAUCAUGCAGGGCAAGCGACUCCACCACGUGUCGCUGCAGAUAAAUGACGAAGGGCAGCUCAUCAGGCAAGGGGAUGUCUUACCCCCAGAGGAGGGCCAGGCGCAUUUAGACCGAGCACGGCUUACCGCAGAGGGAGGACCCUAUGUAGCGUUUCGGGAUGAUCAGUUCAACACGUACUGGUAUCACUUCCGGGACAAGAUCAUCACACAUCAAAAUCCUUACAUGUAGUAGGAAUUCGCGACGGGGGAGAAGCUGGAGCACAAUUUUAUUUAGGUGUAGUUGUUGUACUGGCGCGAGAGCAAGAUAGGUGUAGUUGCACUGGAGGCAGAAGAACAAGUAGAACAAGAUGUGGUUCUUGAUGUAGAAGGCUAGGAGAACGACGCUCGUACAUCUAAGUGGUGAGAGCCGCUUACAUGUUGUAGAACAAGACGAGGAGGUGUGCGUACAGGCGAACCUGCUACAUCUACAUCUAGUGGACACGGAGAGGUGUGUACUUAAUUGCCCUUUACCCCAAAAGGACGCUGAUGAAUUCAAUUCCAAUUUUGAAACUACCCCCUUGCAAGGAAGAUGGAUUAACUGCUGUACAGAAUGGGAAGAUGUACAUACAGAUUCUGUAUCGUGUGAGGCUAGUUUUUCAAUAUCUAGGUCUCUGCUUAGCUCUGCUUAGAUAUGAGAAGACUUAGCUGCAUUCGACACGCGAUAAAUUGCACUCCUUCUAUUAGUAGAGUUUCUAGAUUCUUAUGGAAUAGAGAUGCAAAGUCAACCCGCAGUUGAUGUAGAUAUCACAUUUAGAAUAGCAAAGAUGUAGAAGUCACAGAACUACAGAGGUCACAUUUAGAAUAGAUGCCACUCAGAUACUAGAUGAGCACGAGAACGAAAAGACGCUGAAAUUAUCGAUGAGAUUAAGUAUCCAUUUGAACUCUAAGAUUAAGGUUGUUAAGGUUGUUGUAACAAGAUCACGGAGAACAAGGAAGAAAAGGAGGAAGGUUACUCCUGUUCACCCAAAUAUCACGAUUUAGAAUAGAUGCAUACUACGAGAUACAGAGUUCCCAAGAUGCGAGAUAGAAAACUAAUAGCUGGUCGCCUAACUAGAGAAUACAGAUUGCAUUGUUAAGGUUGUCCCAAUGUUGUGAUAUUGCAUUGUUAAGGUUGUUGUAACAAGGACAAAAAUCAAGGUAAAGUUCGUUGCGGAGCUUCGUUCAGGCAGAAAGAAGGGACUAGGCACUUCGAGGACACGCAGCUCUAUCUACUAAAUGUACCAAUCAUGUGUAGGCGCACCGCGCGUGCGUUUACACAUGACAUGAAUUAACUUUAUGUAUUCUGAUGUGCUGGUAAUCGUGACCGAAGUACAGAUGAAGGCAUGCGUGUGUCUACUAAUCUCUUCUUUUCUGCCUUUACGUUUUGGAUUCAUCGCCUCCUUAUACAGAUAGUCGCACCCAACUUGAAAUAGAUGUUACUGUAUGUAACAUGAACAGAAAGCAAAGAAAGUUGUAACAACUAUUCAAGAAAUCAGUAACUGCGACCUGUAGUGGACGACGGACCACACAAGGGCGGACUAAACUGCUCGUCUGAGUUCAUUCCCAACAAGGGUUUUUGUUUCAAAAA